AUGGCACUGUUCUUCAAACGGCUGGCCAAAGCUGCACCGAUCACAUUCGCUCACGGAUUUCGAGGCCAAUCCAAGUCGAGUUUCACCAACUCUCGACUCCCCUUAGGAGCAAUUGCUGCGAUUUCUGGUGGAAUCUCGUACUACUACUUCUUUCCUUCGCCAAAUUUGGUUUAUUUAGAGCAUAUACAUGAAGAAAGUGGUCCGAAAGUUGCUCUCAAUCCUGAUAAAUGGAUUGAAUUUGAGCUGCAAGAUAAAGCGAAGGUCAGCCACAAUAGUCAGCUGUUCAGGUUUUCAUUUGAUCCCGCUGCCAAGUUGGGCCUUGAUGUGGCAUCAUGCUUAAUUACAAGGGCGCCAAUAGGCCAAGAUGCUGAUGGAAAAAUGAAAUACGUUAUUCGCCCGUAUACCCCUAUAUCAGAUCCAAAUGCCAAGGGAUAUUUUGAUCUAUUAAUCAAGGUGUAUCCAGAAGGGAAGAUGAGUCAGCACUUUGCAAGCUUAAAACCAGGCGAUGUGGUAGAAGUGAAAGGGCCCAUUGAAAAGCUCAGAUAUACUCCCAAUAUGAAGAAACACAUUGGCAUGAUUGCUGGUGGCUCAGGCAUCACUCCAAUGCUUCAGAUAAUUGAUUCUAUUCUGAAGAAUCCUGAUGACAACACCCAGGUUUCGUUGCUCUAUGCUAAUGUAUCCCCAGAUGACAUACUGCUCAAACAGAAGCUUGAUGUGCUUGCUGCUAGCCACCCCAAUUUGAAGAUAUUCUACACCGUAGAUAAUCCGACAAAGGAUUGGAGGGGAGGUGCAGGUUACAUAUCAAAGGAUAUGGUUGUGAAAGGAUUACCUGGUCCUAGUGAUGAUACUCUUAUUCUUGUAUGUGGCCCUCCUGGACUGAUGAAACAUAUAUCUGGCGAUAAAGCCAACCGCUCACAAGGCGAGCUCACUGGUAUACUAAAGGAUCUUGGGUAUACGGAAGAAAUGGUAUACAAAUUUUGA